UUAAAAGGCCUCAUUACCAAACAACCCACAUUCCCAUGAAGCCACAGCAACUUCCCUUCCUUUCUCUAUCCCGGGGCCUCUCUCAUACAUGCCUGGCCUAACACGUAUUCUUUUCCCUAGAACUGGGCCUGUGAAGUAAGGGAAUCUCCGGCGUACAGCUCAGUGGCAUGGCCCAUCGUCUGUUUGAAGGUAAGGAGCAUGCUACCUCCUACUGGAAGUACAGGGUCUCUCCCUCAGCUCAGCUCAUUGAAGAAGUCAUGUCCUUCCUAAAGAAAAAGAGGGGCGUGCAGCCCUGUGACCUGGCAGUAGACGUAGGCUGUGGGUCAGGUCAAGGGACCGUGCUCCUGGCCCCUCACUUCUCCUCAGUGGUGGGGACCGACAUCAGCCCUGCCCAGCUGGAGGUGGCCCAGGAGCACGCCACCGCCCCUAACAUCUCCUACAGGUCAGAGCCAGCCCCAGAGAGACAGUGCCAGGCUGAGGAGCUGCCGUUUGCAGACAGCUCAGUGGACCUGGUGACGGCCAUGUCUGCCUUCCACUGGUUUGACCGGCCGCGGUUCCUCCAGGAAGCCCACAGGGUCCUGAAGGCUAAAGGUUGCCUGGCUCUACUCAACUACACCAUGGAUAUGGAGCUUGAGUAUGGAGACUGCUCCCACACACUCAACACAGUCUGCAAAGAGUUUUAUGCUGCACUCCUGCCCUAUCGUAACCCCUGCCUGGGCCCUUGCUCUGUUGCUCUUUACAAGCAGUCCUACAGUUCCAUCCCCUACACAGAGAAAGAGUGGCAGGAGUGUAUGUGGGUGAAGAAGUCCAUGACUCUGUCCAACUACAUGGGUAUGAUAGAGUCCUUUUCCAGCUACCAGGCUCUACUAAAGAAAGACCCAGAGGAAGCCAGCAGACUGUCAACUGACAUCACCCACAGACUGUUGGCUGUGAUGGGGGUGACCUCCCCAGAGACUGAGCUUGUGGUUGGAGUAAGGUAUUUCUUCCUGCUAGCCUGCAAGUCAGAGGACUAGCUACCGAUCGAUGACUGAGACUACACUGUGUCCCCUUUGGUGAAACUGGACACUAAGAUGUGCUACUACUUAUCUGUCUUGAUUGUGUUAUUGACUGUACGUUUGUUUAUGUGUAACUCUGUGGUGUUUGAUUUUGUCACACUGCUUUGCUUUAUCUUGGCCAGGUCGCAGUUGUAAAUGAGAACUUGUUCUCAACUGGCCUUCCUGGUUAAAUAAAGGUGAAAUAAAAUAAAAUAAAAUUGAUUCAUGGUGAACAUGAAAAAUUAUAGAA